GACAAGAGACAGGUAGGGAGGUAGAAAAUGGAGGUAAGAGCCGCCGGCUCAGGGAAACUCUGAUUGCUGAUUGAGUCUCCCAAGUGGAAGAUAUUUGAUGAUAGCUCUGAAUCAAAGAAAGACCUCUGUCCAGAGCACUGGUCCAUUCACCAAAUAUUUGACUUAUGGUCACCUUGCUUCCUAGCAGUAAUUGUAUUCAGAGAGGAAUAAAUCAAAAAAAAAAAAAAAAAAAAAAAGGAAAAGGAAAGAAGGAAGAAAGGAAGGGAGAGACUCACAAGAUGAAAUCCUGUCAAAAAAUUGAAGGAAAACCAGAAAAUGAGAGUGAACCAAAGCUUGAGGAAGAGCCAAAGCCUGAGGAAAAGCCAGAGGUGGAAGAAGAGCCAGAGGAGGAGGAAAAAACGGAAGGAACUUUUAGAGAAAGACUGAUUCAGUCUCUGCAGGAAUUUAAAGAAGAUAUACACAACAGGCAUUUAAGCAAGGAAGAUAUGUUUAGAGAAGUGAGUGAAAUAGAGGAGAUAAGGAGAGUAAGAAACAAACUUAUAGUGAUGCGUUGGAAGGUUAACCGAAACCAUCCUUAUCCCUAUUUAAUGUAGUUUGCCUUGAUUUUAUUUUUUUCUGAUAUUAACAUUGCCAUUUAGCUUUCCUUUGAUUUGCAUUUUCUUGAUAUACCUUUUUCCAUCUUUCUACUUUUAAUUUGUUGCUAUUAGUGAUUUUAGAUGCAUUUCUUGUUAAUCUGCAUCUCAUUUUUAUCAUAUUUUGAACAAUACAAAAAGUCUCUGCCUUUUAAUAGGAGAGGUUUACUCAUUUGUACAAAAAGAGGUUCCUGACAGGAUAUAAAAUGAAAAAAAAAGUUACUAAGUAAUAUGUGAAUAUCAUAUUUUUGAAAGAAAGAAUACAUUUGUAUAUUACCUAUAUGCGCAGAAAAACGUGUGAAGGAUGAAAGACAAAAAGUAUAAUCAUUUGUAGGAUUAUGAGUAAUUUUUUACUCUGCUUAUUUGUAUUUUUUCUUAUUCCUAGAAUGUACACACAUUAUUGUUAAAAUAAUAAAAGUUUUAUAACAAAAAAGAAAUAACUAACAGUAUUUAAUUUAUUUCUAAACGCACUGGGGCACUUAAUAUUUGUUGAGAGAAUUUUAGAAGCAAAUGUGAAUUGCAAAUUACCACCAGAACACUUAGCUAGAAGAAUAAAUUUAUAUUUUUUCUCAUCUGUAAAAUAGAGACUCUGAUCUCUAAGGGAUAUAUGAGGACCAAAUAAGGUAAUCACUGUGAGCUCUAUUUUAGCAGGUUUUUCCCCCCCAUCAGCCCAUGCAGGAUCCCAAUUCCCAAGGGAUUUGUAUCAGCUAUUUGGGAUGAUAGAGAAAGUAGUUCUCACCUGUACUUAAGAAUAAAUCCAGGCAACUGUUAGGUGAGUGCCACCUUUAUGUUCCUUUCCUUCUGUGCCUGCCCAACCUCCCUUUAUUAUCCCUUUGAUAUUGUCAUGUAUAUUCGAUAGUUCUGCCCCUUCAUCCAGGCCCCUGCCUAUGGGCUGAUAAUGUUCUGGAAUUCUCAAAUAGUGAAGCCUAACAUAUUUCUUUGGAACACCCAGUGGGCUGAAUCCUCAGACCCACAGAAGGGGGGAGAAUGUCCAUUUCUUAAAUUUACAUAGUUAUGCAGGGCAACUUGGGCCAUAUCUUAUAGGUAUCUUGACAGUUAAGACUCCGACACAAUGCAUCAAUUUGGGGAUUGGACCAGAAGACAAGUGUGAGUAACAGAUGUUAUGCUUUAAUCAGAAUUGCUUCUCUUUGAGUCUAAAGAUUAUGGUUUUAUCUUCUGACUAUUU